CUCUUCAUACGAGUUACAGGCUGCUGGGCUCCGGGGCUACACUGUCCGGAGUUACCUUACAUUUACCACUCCCUCCUCUUUGAUAUUCACACCUUUUGAUAUUAACUACUCCGUACAGUAAAUCGUCCCGGUCACUCGCCCUUCUUCAAUAACUCCGGCAUUCUCGGCCAGGAACCCACGGUUGUCAUUUUAAUAACUGGUUAGUGUCUAUGCGGGCUACGUUUUUCCACAUGCUUCCGGAUAUUUCACCGUGUCUCCAUGACGCCAGGCUUAUGUGAAGACUCGACGUGAGCCUUCAACCGAGAAAGGAUUAUAAAAUUUUACGCGCUGAGGCACCUUCACGGCUAUUAUCCCAACCUCAGAACCCAACCUCAGAACCCAAGCGAAAUGACAUGGGGAACCAGACGGCUCUUUCGAUCCCGUGAGAAUGAACCUUUGGGUGAGGGGAUAUUCAUGUAUAGGCGGAGCUGAUAGAGUUGUUACCCUCCACUGGCCCGGAAUUGUGGCGUUUCCAGACAACAAGAAGCCUGUGAUAGUAAUCAUCCGACAUUCCCGGAUGUUGAAAUAGAGGCAUGGAGAAGUCUUGAUGGGUGGGUUUCCAUAGCAGAUUUAACACGCCAAGCAAAAGCUUGAAAGUUAUGCGGGGAAAACAGGGCGCCGCGGAUUUCCGUCGUGAACGAGCCGAGCGCUUUGAUAGCUUCGGCGUUUCAGCGUCGUCAGACAGCACUGAUGGCAAUCAGUUGGAAACAGCACUCUGUGUGCCAUACCGCACUGUUGACAAUCCCGGGCUUGUUGACCUGGUUGGCAAUCAGCGAGGCAACCCUGAGUGCCUUAACGGCGACGGCCUAUCUCGUACUGCCAGAAGCCGACUAAGAUAUCUUGAUUCGAAAAUGACCACUCUACCAGAGCCAUUUGCUUCUAUUCCAAGGAAAGCUCUCCUCCUUGAGCCUUCUCCAAUCCAUCUACUUCCCAACAUGACCGCGGAUUUAGGCGGGGCUGUGAAGAUAUACGCCAAACGCGAUGAUCUCAACUCCGGUCUCGCCUACGGCGGCAAUAAGACCAGGAAACUUGAGUAUCUGGUCGCCGACGCGUUGGCGACAAAGUGCCACACGCUGAUUAGCAUUGGCGGGAUUCAAAGCAACCAUACGCGUCAAGUAGCCGCUGCCGCAGCCCAUGCGGGACUCAAAGCAAAACUCGUCCAGGAAAAGUGGGUAGAGUGGUCCGACCCGGGUUACGAGUCCGUAGGAAAUAUCCAACUCUCCCGACUGAUGGGGGCUGAUGUCCGCAUUGAGCGGAUGGCUGGAUUUGGAAUCGAGCAUAAAGACUCGCUGAAAAAUCUCCUGAAGGAAUGUGAGGACAAGGGCGAGAAACCAUAUUAUAUCCCCGCCGGCGCGUCAGAUCACCCGCUUGGUGGACUGGGCUUUGCACGCUGGGCGUUCGAGGUCCGGGAGCAGGAGAAGCAGAUGGGCAUCACGUUUGAUAAUAUCAUUGUUUGUGCGGUGACGGGUUCAACGAUGGCAGGAAUGGUCGCUGGGUUCAAGCUUAUUGAAAAACUAUACCCGGAUGAGCCCAAGAAGAAAGUUAUUGGCAUAGAUGCAUCCGCCACGCCUGCGGAGACUCGCGCACAGGUCCUUCGGAUCGCAAAGCAUACGGGAGAGAAGAUCGGGCUUGAGCCUGAAGAUAUCACCGCAUCAGAUAUUAUGAUUGACGAACGAUAUCAUGCCGGAACCUAUGGAGUUCCCGAUAAACAGACAUGGGACGCGAUCGAGUAUGGAGCUCGGAUGGAAGCGUUUAUCACCGAUCCCGUAUACGAAGGGAAAAGUCUGGCAGGACUGAUUGACAUGGUUCGAAAAGGGGAGAUCUCCGGAGGGAACGUCUUGUAUGCGCAUUUGGGAGGGCAGCUGGCUCUCAAUGCAUAUUCGCAAAUCGGGACUGUGGCAUAAUAACCCGAACCUCGAUCGGGUAAUUUGACUAUAUAAUGCAGCUCCUUCGACCAUCAUUUUCAGUGUUGCGCGGCUUUGCUACUUGGUUUUCCAGCUUUGAAAUCUUGUGUAGAUUUCGGCUUGCGCUCCAACAGCUUCUUGGGAUCUCCAUUCCUCUUAAGCUCAAGUGAGCAGCAAAUGGUCAAGCAACAAGAGAUCCCUUCGCGAUGAGACAUGAUGAUGUUUGUUUUGGGUACCAUCCGCUAGAUAGGAAGUGUUUCUUCUGGAGCUACUAUAAAACAACCACAAGCCUUCGUUUUGGAGACUGAAACUCGUGAUAUGUUCGUCACCUGGGCAAGUUCAGUGUUGAUACUUUA